CGGGGCAGGCGCGCGCGGGGGCCAUGGCGGCGGGGUACGCGCACCGGCCCAACGGCGGCGGCGGCGGCGGCGGCGGCCUGCCCGACCCCUCCUUCCUGUGGAACGUCUUCCAGAGAGUUGAUAAAGACAGGAGUGGAAUAAUAUCUGAUAAUGAACUCCAGCAAGCAUUAUCCAACGGCACGUGGACUCCAUUUAAUCCAGCAACAGUCAGGUCAAUUCUUGGCAUGUUUGACAGAGAAAACAAAGGGGGUGUGAACUUCAGUGAAUUCACAGGAGUCUGGAAGUACAUCACAGACUGGCAGAACGUCUUUCGAACGUAUGACAGAGACAAUUCUGGAAUGAUUGACAAAAAUGAGCUAAAGCAAGCACUAACAGGUUUUGGUUACCGACUGUCUGAUCAAUUCUACGAUAUCCUUAUUCGGAAAUUUGACAGACAAGGAAGAGGACAAGUUGCUUUUGAUGAUUUUAUUCAAUGCUGUGUUGUUCUACAGAGGCUGACUGAUGUGUUCCGACGAUACGAUACUGAUCAGGAUGGCUGGAUUCAGGUGUCCUAUGAGCAGUAUCUUUCCAUGGUCUUCAGCAUCGUAUGACACUGAUAACCAGGAAUUGCACACUGGCAUUACACAGACUGGAGCUGCCAAAUCAUCCUCUACUGAAUAAGAUCACUGAUGUAUUAUAAUGGAUGUAACAUCACAUUCUUAAAUUUUGUAUGUUGGUAAUCACUGUCAGAAUCUGUACUUGAGUUGGUUUUUAUUUGUAUUAUUGUAUGAUAUGACCAUCUCUGCUUACUGUAGUACAGAAAGCACAGAAUCUAGAUUUAACUGGUGCAAUGUCAAACAUAACCUCUUACACAUAUCCUGCAUGGGAGCAAUGACUCUUUAGAAAUGCCAAAUUAAAGUAAUGCUUGUUAGUUUAUAUGAGUUGAAAGUCAGAAGUUGCACAAUAUGUUUUGCAUGUGCCUUACUUUUAUAAGAGUUUAAUGUAUUAAUUUUUAAUACAGAAUUUAAAAUUAAGUAAAAAUACUAGGUCAACUCUUA